GCCGACCGAUUGGUUCUAAAUUAGCCUCUUCCCCCCUUUGAUUCCGCCUUCCUUUUGUCGGUCUCCCAGACAUGGCGACAACGUUCCUGCCCGUUGCGAACAUUGACUGGAACGAGCUGUUGGACUCUGCUCCGUUAAGUAAAACAAACAAUGCCGCUGUCUCGCGCUCAAAGUACCGCGGACGCGACGUCGCCGUCAAGCAGCUGCGACAGGGUGUUGAUGCCCGCCAGGAGGUCGACCUGCUGAACAGCUUGCGGCACCGCAACAUUGUCCAGUUUAUCGGCGUGUCCUCGGCGCUCGGCAACCUGAUGAUUGUCACCGAGUUUGCGCAGCAUGGGUCGCUGUUUGACUACAUCCAAAAGCACGAGCUUGCAUUCGAUCGCAUCACACAAUGGGCCAUGGACAUUUCCAACGGCAUGCGGUACUUGCAUGAGGAAGCGCCCGUCCCAAUCAUCCAUCGCGAUCUCAAGUCCAUGAAUGUUUUAAUAUGCGACAAUCUUGUGGCCAAGAUCUGUGACUUUGGCUGCUCGAAGGAAUUCGUGUCCACCACCCAGAUGAGCUUUGUUGGAACUUGCGCGUGGAUGGCGCCAGAGGUUUUAAGAUCCGAGCCAGUGUCGGAAAAGUGCGACGUCUAUUCAUUCGGCGUCGUUCUGUGGGAAAUGCUCACUGGACAAAUCCCAUUUCAAAACCUGCAAUCACCACAAGUCAUGUGGCUGGUAGGACAGCUCCAAAAGCGACCACCAAUCCCCGCCCAAUGUCCGCUAUCUUUCUCCACCUUGAUUGAAUCAUGCUGGGUGGACAACCCUCCACAGCGGCCAUCCUUCCGGGCCAUUUUGCGGCAGCUCGAGUUUAUCCAGUCCUCGGACGAUCUACCCUCCGCCACGGACUCGUUUGUCAAGUCCAAGCACACGUGGCAGCGAGACGUCGAUUCCCAGCUCUCGGUGAUGCUCAAGGAGUUGCGCGAGUACCAGCAAUCGCUCAGCGAUCGAGAGCUGCGGCUUCGACAGAUGGAACGGCAGUACCAGUCAAUCUUUGCUCCCACCAUCAUCACAGCUCCACGCAGUGCGUGGAACGCAGGCCGUCCUUCGAUCGGAUCCUCUGUCGGGGGCCUGCCGCAGCCGGUGCCUGCUGGCGCAACAUCGGGCGCAAACGUCAAUGUCGUCGGGCUACGAUCCGGACGGAGUGGCGCAAUCAACUGGACGGAAGAUGAUGUUGGGGCCUGGCUCUCGGGGCUCGGAAACGAACUGUCGGCCUACGGCGGUGUUUUCAGCACCAACAAUAUUGCAGGCAAGCACCUCGUUGAGCUCGACCACAGCACCCUGCAGGACAUUGGCGUCAAGUCCAUCGUCCAUCGCCGAUUGCUCUUGCAGCAGAUUGAGGGUUUGCGUUACGUGUCCGACUUUCCCUCGCUGGACGGCUCCAAAUCCGGGCUCGCGGCGUCAGACGCCGCCACCACCUCGUCUCGAGCUCGACCGCCGAUCAUGCCGGCCUCCGCGCCUCCUGGAUCGCAAUAUUUCAUGUCGCCACACCUGCCAAGCGCUGCAUCGACACCCAUAUCGGCAGGAUACCCAAACUCGAUGGGUGCAGUGCCCCGCUCGGGCUCGUCGGGCCAAACAACUCAGUCUCGCUUGCCCGUCAAAAUUCUCGUGUGGAGUCGUCGUAGCAAGAUUGAUUUGAACAGUUGCGGCCUUGCGCUCCAAAACGCACCUGCCACUCCUUCCACUUCGACUGCCGUCACGCCCUCGCUUCUUUCUCCCCGUCACACCACCUCCAGCGUUCCCGUCGGCGGCGGCUCCAUCACGACUCAAAUCAUCCUCCCCACCCACCAUUCGGAGGUGCACUCCUCUCCUACCUUGUUUGCCUCGUCGACGCUCAACCCGGGCGCUGGCCCGUUAAGCGCGCCUGUCACUCCCGUGAGGGAGCAGCCCCCUUUGUUUGAGUGGACGUUGUUUGUGUCCCUGGACAGGGAAGCGGAUGUGCCAGACUAUGUGAGUGAGGUCAAGUUUGCGCUUGGGCCCGACUCGCUCAUGACGUCAAAAGACGUGUACAAGUCUCCUCCUUUCAUCCACAAAAUCCGAAGCUCCACGGCGUGUGAUGCUAUUGUCUAUGUGCAUUUCAACCCGAGCCUGUUUAAAACCCAAGUCAUCAAGGUGGUCCACAAACUCAGCAUUGAUGGUGCCGACAGCGCAACGGCCACGCCUCCCUCGACGAUUGGCUCGGCAUGGUCGUCCCGGCAAUCAAACCUGUCGUCCGAGUCCAGCACCGCCUCUUCGUCGUCAUCGUCAAAGUCGCGACUGAUGCAGCGCACGCCUGUCGAUUCCUUGUCGGUCGCCGAAGACUUUGCCCAGUACUUUGACAAGUGCUCGGAGCGCGCGGUCGACUUGGAAAUCAAGGCUGCUGCCAUCGAUGUCAUUGCACACCGAUUGCACCUAUUGUCCAUGCCUGACGCGCCUCACUGGGAUGCUGCUCAGGCAAUCUACCCGACAGCCGUUGCCGACGCCUCCCCCAAAUCAACCAACAACAACAGCAACAACAACAACAACAACCACAACAGCAACACCAACACAUCGCGUGCCGCCUUCACCCUGGGCACGCCGCCGUCGCGCCCGCCCCGUGCUAGCGACCCCAACUCCCGCAGCCAGACGCCUCAGGGCCGGGAAGGGACGCCGCGUCCUCAUUCCACCACGUCUGGAAGCCACUCUCGGUCGGCACGCCGCACCACUGACUCGCGCAACGGCGAUUCGAGCGUCAAACGCCACCCGUCCUCUGGUGGUGCAUCUACACCUGCAUCGCGCUCGACCCCGGCUACACCAUCGUCCGCGUCUUCAGCCGCUUCUGACGCAUCAUCGCCAAAUUUCCCGGCGCAGGCCAACCUGAGUUUUGGCUCGCUGCGCUCUCCAGACCCCGCCGUGGCUGAGCCGACCAAGUCCCCUCCUCCUGUCGCCGCCACGACAAACCCGCGCACACCCAAAAAGUCUUCUCGGAAGCCAAAAAAUGCAAGUGGGCAGUCGCCGGCAUCCUCGACUGGCCUGUACUUUGGGUCGGUUCCGGCAACGGAGGUGCCACUGGACCGCAGUCAACUCCCUCGAAUGGGAUCAGCUCCCGCCAUGUUUGGCGAUGUGUCUGCCGACGAAAUCAACCAUUUCCAAGCAAGCCCUGUCGUUCAGCGCAAUGCCUCCUUCUCCGAUGCUCGCAGACCGCCGUCCUAGACCACACCAGCGGGGCAACGGCAACAGCAACAACCACCAACCACCUUAUUAACUCAGCACUCUGCAAUUUGUGGGUUUUUUAAGUGCCGUUCCCACGUUCAUUGCACACAACCCGCACACAACUUAUUCCAUCAA